GGACAUUCCAGUCCAUGUGACCACAGAAAAUCCCAGUAUGAAGCUUGAAGGAAGCAUCAGGUUAUCACUAGAUUAUAAAGAAGAUAAAGAUAUCAUCCAGCGCUUUUCAGAUAAAUCGCAUCUUGUUACUCAUGAGAGUCUUCACACCAGAGAAGAGCCUUAUUCAUGUUCAAAAUGUGGAAAACACUUUAGAAGUAAAUCAAAGCUUUUACGACAUGACAGAAUUCACACAGGAGAGAAACCAUUUUCAUGUUCAGAUUGUGGAAUGCGUUUUAGAUAUAAAUCAAAUUGUGUUCAGCAUAAGAGAACUCACACAGGAGAGAAGCAAUAUUCAUGUUCAGAAUGUGGUAAAUGUUUUACCACAAAAUCAAAUCUUGAUCAACAUAUAAGAAGUCACACAGGAGUGAAGCCGUAUUCAUGUUCAGAAUGUGGAAAAUGUUUUACCAAGAAAUCAGUUCUUGAUCAACAUAAUAGAAUUCACACAGGAGAGAAGCCAUAUUCAUGUUCAGAAUGUGGGAAAUGUUUCACAGAAAAAAGAAAUCUUACUACACAUCAGAGAGUUCACACAGGAGAGAAGCCGUAUUCUUGUUCAGAAUGUGGAAAAUGUUUUUCACUCAAACUAAGCCUUCGUCAACAUAAGAGAAUUCACACAGGGGAGAAGCCAUAUUCAUGUUCAGAAUGUGGGAAAUGUUUCACAGAAAAAAAAAGUCUUACUAAACAUCAGAGAAUUCACACAGGAGAGAAACCAUUUUCAUGUUCAGAAUGUGGGAAAUGUUUUACCCAGAAAUCAAGCCUUGAUAUACAUAAGAAGAUUCAUACAGGAGAGAGGCCAUAUUCAUGUUCAGAAUGUGGGAAAUGUUUUAAACAUAAAUCAAGCCUUGAUAUACAUAAGAAAAUUCAUAUAGUAGAGAAUCCAUAUUCAUGUUCAGAGUUUGGGAAAUGUUUUAAACAUAAAUCAGAGCUAAUAGAACAUGAGAGACUUCACACAGGAGUGAAGCCAUAUUCAUGUUCAGAAUGUGGGAAAUGUUUUACCCAGAAAUCAGGUUUUGUUCAACAUAAAAGAAUUCACACAGGAGAGAAACCCUAUUCAUGUUCAAAAUGUGGGAAAUGUUUUACAUACAGCUCAAGUCUUAUUCUACAUGAGAGAAUGCACACAGGAGAGAAGCCAUAUUCAUGUUCAGAAUGUGGAAAAUGCUUUACCAGGAAAUCAGGUGUUGAUCAACAUAAGAGACUUCACACAGGAGAGAAGCCAUGUUCAUGUUCAGAAUGUGGGAAAUGUUUUACCAAGAAAUCAACUCUUAAUCGGCAUCUGAAAAGUCACACAGGAGAGAAGCCUUAUUCAUGUUCACAAUGUGGGAAAAGUUUUGCAAACAAAUCAAGUCUUGUUCUACAUCAGAAAAGUCACACAAAAGAGAAGAGAUUUUGAUGUUAAUAAUGUUUUACAUGGAAAUUAAAUUUUGAAACACAUCAUAAAAUUCACAAAUUCUUGUAUGGAAUGUGGGAAAUAUUAUAAGAGAAAAAAGUGAUGAAAUAGAAGAAAACCGUAAUAAUAAAUUGAAUUUGCAGUAA